AUGGCGUUCCGAGGAUUGGCUGGUUUGAAUGGAUCGCUAUGGGGGGCGAUGGGGAGAAGGAGGCUUUGUCGCUGUGGCCUGCAGAUGCUGAUUUUGCUUGAUAAUAUUUUUUCUCUUCUUUUUGCAGUCGAGGAGAAAGACCAGGGAACCAAAGGAGGAGAAUGUGACUCUCGGCCCGGCGGUGCGAGAUGGGGAGCACGUUUUUGGCGUCGCCCAUGUCUUUGCAUCGUUCAAUGACACUUUCAUCGUAUGCAUCCGUCUACCCUUUACAACUAUCUUCCUGCUGCUGCCUAUUUUUCCAUUUUUUUCUUGCGUUGAGCUCACGGACCCGUUGCUAUGGGGUGCAGCAUGUGACAGAUUUGUCCGGGAGGGAAACUCUGGUCCGUAUCACCGGUAUGCAUUGCUCUACGCAUUUUGUAGCUCUAUACAUACAUAUCCAUUCCCUGUGUGGGGUUAUCACGUGCAAUUUUCUAUCUUUAGCUGCAUUUUCGAAAUCAUUACCAUUCAAGUUGAUGUCCGCGAUCGAAUUGACCUCUUGAUCGUGCUACAGAAUUUCAGCCGACGAAGCACUGCCCUUUUCCAUUAAUGUGAUUGUUGAUGUACCAUCUCGUCGUUAGGUUUCAAUUGUGGGAUAUUUACUAGUACAUUACAGACCAUCGUUUUCAUUCGCUCUCAGUUGUGAUUUCUCUGGUUCUUGGUCUCUUUAUGAAUAUGGCCGCGGUAUUAUUUUUCGUAAUAAAGAUUGUAGAAUCACUCGGCAUGAGCAAGGAUGGUGGUGUAGAGGCGAGGGAGUGAGAUGCUAAUAGAUAAUCUAUCGUUGUCCUGCACAAUUAUUUUGGACUGGGAGCGGAAGUGAAAGGAAUCUGGGAUAGUAUGUGCUUCCAGGGUUUUCCCAUGCUAAUGCAAGAGACUUGAUAAAAAUCAAUGUUUCGUUGACUUUUGGUGACCAACCGAUGUUUAAUGUGCGGAAUUCGAGUUCUCUUGACCUCAUAGAAUGAAGGAGGAAUCCCUGGAACGUGAAAGUCGCUUGCCAUAAGGGAUUGUGAUUGAUCUACUGUUGUGUUGAUUUCGUUCUUAGUCUUACAUCUGAUAUGAGGAUACAUGCAUUUAUUCUCAUCCAUUGCUUAGGAAGAACUGGGCUCAUUCGAAUUCUGUGCACUACUUUCAGAUAGCGCAUCAUCUUCGUAGUGAGGUACUGAUUGGGGAUGGAAGCUUGAGUUUUAUAAUUUUUAGGAUCAUUCAACCAGUCUCGUGUCUAACUCGGUAUAUCUGGUGUUCCCUUUUCUCAUCUUUGCGCUAGUUGCUGUAAGCUUUCAUCUCACAGACUCAGAAUCUUGAAAAAUCGACAAUCUUCUCUCCUUAUUGGUACAUCUCAAGAAAUUGCUGUUCAGGCAUCGUCUUGAUCCAAGCAAAUCGGAUUAUUUGCACUUUUUUUUUUAGUUCCUUGAGGAUGUAAUUCUUUGUAAAACAUUACAGGAAAAUGCAUUUUCUUGACAUUCCAGCUGUGCAUGCUCGGAUUUGGCUAGGUUUCCACUGCUCUACCAAUUAAAUUAUUAUUUCAAGUUCAUUAAUACAGAUUAUAUUUAGAUUUUCGGUUCUGUGUUACUGUCGGGUGGCGUAGUUAGGCUUCUGUGGACCAGGAAUAUGUAAGAAGGAUGUCUAGUCUAGAAGAGUGCCCUGGAAUCUUAUGUCGAUCGGAAGUUCGCCAUUAGCCAUUUUAUUCUCACUUUUAAACUGCGUACGGGUUUCGCCCAUUUACUUUGGCGGCUGUUGAUAACAUCACCAGUGAUGAAAGUCAACGCCCCUAUCUUCUAUUUCUCUCGCAGCACCUCUUGGAGCUCUCCUUUUUUGGCUUUUAUGCGUUCUCUCGCCCUGAUAUUCACAAACUUUCCAAAAACAGGCGGCAUGAAGGUCAAAGCGGAUCGAGACGAAUCCUCUCCCUAUGCAGCCAUGCUUGCUGCCCAAGACGUUGCUCAGCGAUGCAAGGUCCUUCUUCUUCGGUGCCCUCUGUAUUUUUCUGGAGGAAUUUUGUAACCCUAGUGGCCCAACUCCUCAUCUCCUCCGACGACAUUUACCAGGAACUGGGCAUCACGGCUCUGCACAUCAAGCUCCGUGCCACCGGCGGGAACAAGACUAAGACGCCUGGCCCCGGCGCCCAGUCUGCUCUCCGGGCACUAGCCCGGUCUGGAAUGAAGAUUGGCCGUAUAGGUAUUCAAUCGAUUAACUUUGUUUUUUGUUCCACCCUUCUACUCGAUUUUAGGCAGAGCCUCUGCCUUUAUACGCAUUGAUAGAGAGAGAGAGAGAGAGAGAGAGAGAGAGUUUGCUUAGUUCUCUAGUGCCCAGAUUUUCUCCGAGGAAAUCCCAGUAGAUCUCCCGGUGGGCCCUGUUUCCCCCCUGUUCUAAUGCUCUUGCUAUGUUUUUCUGCCCUUUUUUCAGAGGAUGUCACGCCGAUACCCACUGACAGCACCCGCAGAAAGGGCGGCAGAAGGGGCCGCAGGCUCUAG